AUGAGCGCCCACACGAUGGAUUCAAGCAAAGCUUCGUUUGGCGGAGACGCACUACAGUUGACCACCAUGCCAGAAGUUAUUGCAGCACUCGAACAAGAAUAUGACUGCAAGGCGGAAGAGAUUAUUCCCCCGGCUCAACGCCCCUACGAGCGACAGCCCGGCAAGAAGCGCAAGCGCUUGACCUUGAGCAACUUCGAGCGCAAUCCAUCAAACCGACAAUGGGCUCAGCUCAAGCCUACUGACUGGGAGCUUGAGCUAGGUCUAGCUAUCUUGACCUUCUUACGAGAUACCAAGCACCUCAGCCUCAAGCACAUUCAUCGCAGCCAAGCGGUUGCAACAGCAAUCUUUCUGCGCCACAAGACUCAGAACACCACCAAUCGCGACGUCAACGGGGCAUUGCCGAGCGAUAUCAGACGUGCCAGGAAGAAUGUGGAGGCGGAGCGUGGUGGUCUGGAUGUCGCCAUCUCAAUCUACUGCGGAGAUGCUGAGGCUGUGAUCUAUGACUACAACGAAGUGCGAGUUGGCCAGAAGUGGAGAGAGGUAACACCGAUCUCUCCUGUCAACGAGCAGACUGUGUCCGACAACUCGACAUCUGACUCCGAAGCAGAUACUGGCACUGCAGGGGUCGAAGCAGUUAGUGGCGGGGAGUUGGGCAGUGCGACUUCACUGAACACCCCAGGCACCUCCAACUAUACUGACGAGUCGCCACAAGAGCAGAGUGUGAAGGUCGACUCGCCAGCUGGUGAUGAAGCGACAACCGAAGAUGCACGCUCACAGGACAAAGGCGAUGACAAGGUUGCCGCCAACCAGGAAGCAGUGGAUGGAGCAGGGGGCGAGGAAGAGGACGAUGACGACGACGACGACUUCAUUAUCAUUACUGAGCGGCCUGAGCCAAAACUUACCCCGUUGGAAGCUGAAAUGGAGCGUCUCGGUCAGAAGUUCGGAGCUUUGAACAUGGCUGAGCCUAGUUUCGCCGAUUCUUAUGCCGAUUUGGAUGCAAUCAAGAACGGUCCUACCAGAAAGGCACAUGGCUCCGACAUCACUAUCCCGCCAGAAUUGUCGUUGGUCCCGACGAGUGCAGAAGGCCCCUCGCUGCCUGAAGCGGACGUGAAUACCUCGACUGCAAAUCAGCCAGGCGAAGCCGAGACCCUCCAACCUGAAGAUCGGGCGCCCAGCUUUGUCGGCAGUCCAGAGAUACAAGUAGACCAGGAGAUCGUCCAGGAUGGCGAGUCUGCAUCCCCAUUCUUGCGAGCCCCCAGCAGCAGCGGCAACGUUGACAGCGGCAACAAGUCUGAGCAGCAUCUGGAGCAGCCGAUCACCACGGACGGCCCACCGGAUGAUCCCAGCAGUGCUACUUAUCCGCCAAUGCCAAACAACAGUAGCACAACUCACGCGGCCCAGAGCACCUUCCGGGCACAAAACAGCCCUUCGACUCGCCCUAACAUCCCGAUUUCAACUGUCAACGCAGCACCGCAUCUUCCAGAGGUUGUCGCGAAGGACCCGGCUUCAAAAGGCGCCAACUCCGCUUCAGACCCUGUCAAUGUAGGCAGUGGUCAUGCAUUGCCUACACCAGUGGCCGUAGAGCAGCCGAAGGAAGUCGAGAUGGUCCAAACUGAACCAGCGUCACCAUCGCCACACACUACCGGCAAGCAUGACUUCAGUCCGUCAGUCAAGAUCUAUGUUCAGCACGGCCGUAUCUCGAAAGCAGAUCAGCGUCCGAUCGUGGGGACGCUAUCAUCAGCAGCUGUCGAGCCACGCUCUUCAUCGUUCGCCGAGGUCAGUACGGACAUGGAAGUGGAUGAGGAGGCGGUAAACGCGACACAGCAGCUACCUGACGACAUGGAGACGGAUGACGACACGUUCGGCGCCUCCGUGCUAGUCACCGCUCACAGUAUGGCGCCGCUGCCCGCUACUGUUGAUGUCGACACCGACAUGGAUGACGUUCAAGCGUCGCAACCUGCCCAUGGACCAGAAAAGAUGAUCAGCCCAGGUCAUCGAUCAACAGGCAAGCAUCCUACUCCACAGAGCACUGGCGCUGCACCAACAGCUCAAACUCCCAACGUCAGCUCCGCUUCUCAGGUGGACGUCUCUAUGGCAGAUACCUCUGAUCUUGGUCAGGAGGGUGACGGAGCCAACAUUCGCCGCGGCUCCGCGAUCUUACUCAAGUUCACCGACUUCCUGACGCGUUGGGAGUUGCAGCAUGAUCCACGUCACAAGGAAACACAGAGUCGCAGCAAGCAAGACCACAUCGAUUUCUGA